ACAAAAUGCAGAUGGUGCUACAUCUGCUGCUCCUGCUCAUCCCAUAUGGAGGCAAGUCCAUGCUUGGUUAACAUAUAAUGUACAUUACUCAUUUUAACAUUUUUUUGGUUGUGUUCUGUUCAGGAUGCUCAAGUGGUCCCAACUUCAAAAUCGAGAGCAAAGUCGUUGGUGAACAGGUCUUUCUGAACUGUGCCUGGGACAAUCUCAAUUCCAAGGAUGUUUUUUGGAUGCGACUUGCUUCUGGAGCUUUCCCUGAAUUUUUAACACCAAGCACUACAAAUCUCAUCGAAAUCAAACGAGGGAAAAGUCAGUGCCUUCUGCAAAUUACCAAAGUCCAGAAAAGUGACAUGGCAGUUUACUACUGUCUCCACUGGAAACCUUUGAUUAAUCCUUUGAUAUUUUUGCAAGGAAUAUUUCUUCAAGUCAGAGAAUCCAAUGAAGAAAAAUCCUUUGUUUAUUCUGUCACUCAAGACGUGCAGUCUGAAGUGGACCGACCUGCACCGACCGUGACCUUACAGUGCAUGGUCCUCUCCCGCUCUAGAGAUGAAACCUGCGCAGAUAAACACAAAGUUUACUGGGUCAAAGCUGGAACAAAAGAUGCAAAACCCAGAUUCAUCUCAGCUCAUGAAGAAUGCGGAAAAGUUGGAAAUGGCAAGAUGCAGAAUUGUGUUUACACAAAUAAUAUCACCUUCUCCGAUGAUGGAACUUCCAUAUGUGCAGUGGAAACUUGUGGGGAGAUUUUCAUGGGAAAUGCAACACCAAUCAUCAGUAGAGAUACUCACACUUGUGAUUCACAAAGGGUUCCUACCUAUGUCUUGGGGGCUAUUUUGACCUUUAGCUUGCUCCUAUCUGCCUUCUUCGUAUACAAGAUCAAGACAAAAAGAUGUUCUAACUGCAAAGUUUGUCCACAAAGCCUGGAUGAAGCACCUAAUCAAGUUCAGCAGAGAAACGAGGACUCUUUGGUUUAUUCAGCGCCGAUCAUCGUCUCCGGAAAAAGGGGCAAAUUGAAACAGGCCGAUGGAGAAUUUAGCACGUAUACAGACGUCUGUCUUCGGAAAUUAUAAGGCGGGGGAGAAAUUAUUGCAAUUUUCGUCAACUUUACAAGACUUUAGUGUUGAGUCCAAGGAUAUAUUCUGUUUACAAAGUAGUGGAAGAAGACCAUAAAACUUUUGGGAGGAUUUUAGUGAAUCAAAUUUGGUGUACAAAACUAUAAUAUAUAACAUCAAUUUUAUAUUAGUCAAAAGAUUGUAAUUUUGACUAUAAUAAAAACUGAGUUCUGGAAAAAUGCACCAUAUUUUUAUAUAUUUUAUUAACUGAUCAUUAGUUUUCUUCAUUGGAGAUAA